AUGAGUGAAAGCGAAAGCACUGGUGACGAAUUGUCCGGCUUGUCUGGAUUCUUCUUUUAUGUGUUCAUUGUCCAUCCCUGUACAGCAUGGAUUCUGAGGCCAGGGCGAUUCGAACGCAAGAAGAGCAUCAUGUAUGCCAUUGCCUUUUUGGCAGCUAUUGCAGCCAUCAAGACAGGCCUGGAAAUGCAACAGAAAGGGCCCAACUAUUACAAUCUGUUGGGUGUCACGCGAGAAUCCAAUCCUCUGGAAAUAAAGAGGGCUUAUAAGCGCCUCAGUCUUCAACUCCACCCUGAUAAGAAUCCCAGCCCUGAUGCUACUGAUCAGUUUGAUGCUGUCAAGCAGGCAUAUGAUGCCCUCAUGGAUAUGGAAUUCCGAGAAGUAUACAACAAAUUCGGAAAAGAUGGAAUCAAGGCCAACAAACGCUAUGAUGAAACACAGUUCCUAAUCGAAUUGGCCAUCUUUUACAUUUCCUGGGGAAUGAUGGUCUUUAUGUUGACACUUGGAAAACGCAGUGGGGAAGCCCGAAAUUGGUGUUUUACUGGAAUGGUCGUCAUGUUGGUUAUUGAAGUCACAAUGAUGACAUCUUCCACCAAUCCAAUCCCUACCUGGUUAUUCCCGGCACUUACCGAACAUGAAGUUGUUUGGUUACUCCACAAUCUAUUUCCUGCCUUUAUGAAUGGGUGUCGAUCAUUGGGCGCCUAUCUCUUUGUGGAUCUAGAUGCCCAAACACGGCAACUUUUGGUAGCUUUGCAGGAACAAAACAAAGACAUGCUUCUUGUCCUUCGUGACAUUCAAAUUGGAGUGCAAACUGUGCAAGCCCAUGGCGGCGGUGGAGGUGGACGAGUGGCUUCCGGUGGAGAUGUGGCUGCAGCUGGUGGUGGAAUUCCGAGGGUUACUCCCACAGGCAAGCUCAAGGAAUUACAAGAUCGUCUACGAUCAUCCAACACAAACGUAGCACAGGCAGUGCAACAAAUCAAUGGACAGCCACAAAAAAGCUCCAAUAUGGGAUUCUAUCUGAUGAUUCUCGGCUACAUCGUUGUUGCAUACCUCUUCCAGUAA